AUGUUUGAAGCUCAAAUGCAAUUACAGGGGGAAUUUUUAGAAGCCCAAUGUGACACAAAGAAAAAGCAACAUGUGCAAUCGGUUAAGUUACCGAAACUGGAGAUAUGUUUUUUCAAUGGUGAUAAAAUUAAAUGGAUUGAAUUUUGGGACAGUUUUGCAAGCUCAGUGCAUAAAAGUGAAACGUUAUCAAAUAUUGAUAAAUUCAAUUACUUAAGGAGUAAACUUGGAGGUGAAGCUCGUAGUGCUAUAGCGGGCUUAUCGCUGUCGAACGAAAAUUACAGGGUGGCAGACAACAUUCUCAAGGAGCGUUUUGGUGACAUUCAGGAAGUCAUUGACCUCCACUACAACAAGCUUAUCAACAUCAGACCAGCUGGCGAUUAUGUCGAAAGCUUGCGGAAAUUCCUAGAUACCAUGGAUAGACAUCUAAGAAGCCUGGAAGUACUUGGACAAAAUAUUGAUCAAGAUGUGUUCGUUGCUGUUGUUAAAUCGAAACUACCGAGCAACGUUAUUCGACAUCUUGAAAUCCAAAAAGGUUCACGCGAAAAGUGGACAAUAAAGAAGCUUCGAGAUAUACUCUGUGAAUACAUUGUGGCUAGUGAAAAAGCAGAAAAGGUGCAAAAAUCAGAAACAGUUAAACCUAAAACAAACAGGUUUAAUAAUUACACGAAACCGGAGUUAAAAGUACAAUCAUUUGGUCAAAGAAAAGUGUACAGCCAGCCAGUAAGUUCAUCAGAAGCGUUAUCUGCUGGCUCUUUUGAAAACAGGAAUAAAAACUGUCGCUAUUGUUCAAAAUUACAUUGGAGCGAUGAAUGUGUUAAGCACAAGACCAUUGAUGAAAGAAAAUUAUGUUUAAAAGGCAGUUGCUUUAAAUGCUUGAGGGGAGGACAUUCGUCGCGUGACUGCAAAAGCAACAAAGUAUGUGUACAUUGUGGUCAGCAAAAUGUGCAUCAUCGCAGCUUAUGUCCAAAGAUAUUUAAAAGUAAAAGUGUGAAUGAAAAUGUAGCUGUAUCUGAAGAAGUGAGUGAAACGUACGAGAAUAAUACACUUCCCAAAGAAAAUGCUCUCUUGUCCACAGGUGAAAUAGUUCUAAUGCAAACAGCGCGAACAAAUGUCGGAAAUCCUGACAGUCAGUUUGAAAGGAAAGCCCGUGUUUUACUUGAUUCAGGGUCUCAAAGAACCUACAUCACUGAAAGCUUGGCAAGUGCACUUAAUCUCAAAAAAGCUGAAACGGAAGAAAUUCGUUUGGUAACGUUUGGCAGUAAUAAAAAUAAAGUAAUCAAAACAGAAAGCACAAAUUUGAAGUUAAAGCUGACUGAUGGAAGUGAUAUGAUGAUUACUGCAAAUGUUGUUCCAAAUAUAACCGGAAACAUUGAAAGGAAACCUGCUAACAUCUAUAAAAGGGAUGAUUUCAAAAACCUGACUCGCAAUCUGAGAUUAGCAGAUACUGUACCAUGUGAAACUGAAUCAGGUCCUAUCGACAUAUUGAUCGGGAAUGAUUUCUAUUUGGACAUUAUUCAACCUGAAAGAAUAGAAGUUCAACCAGGACUUUAUUUGCUGUCAUCUAAACUUGGAUGGUUACUCUAA